AUGUUCACGGGACAAGAGGUUAAGGACUUUAUAGAGGAUUAUGGUAUUAAACUCCUUACCUCAUGUCCUUAUUAUGCUCAGGCGAAUGGUCAGGCAGAAGCUUCAAACAAAGAAUGCUACUCAAAAAGUCCUUUUGCAUUAACCUUUGGCCAUGAUGCAAUUCUGCCAAUGGAGGUUGUGGUUCCUUCACUUAGAGUAGCAAAACAAAAUGGCUUAACUCUAGAUGAUUAUACAUGGGCUAUGGCAAUGGAGCUAAAGGAACUUGAUGAAGCACACGUUCAGGCUUUCAAUAGAAUGGAUGUACAAAACAAGAAGCCAAGACUUACAACAAAAGAAUUCGAAAGAAAUCAUUCCAAGAAGGAGAUUUAG